AUGGCGAUCCCAUUUUCUCUGCCGUCCGACGACGACGCGGAGGCCCAGGGUCAACAGCUGGAGCAACUGAUGCUCGAUCUGUACGCAGCUCUGCAACAGGUCCUACGAAGCAGGACAGCCCAACAUCCGUCGCGAAAUCAUCGGUUACCGCGACGAGCCGGCGAUUCCCGCGAACACCCAGUGGUUCUGAUCGACUCCGAUCUGUCCCGUCUUCCGUUGCCGGACCUGGUGUUGUCCGCGGUCGAGCAACUUCCGGCCGCGACGCCCCAGGUGACCGUGUCCGCGCCGAGCAGCCCGACGCGGGACGUUGCCUUCCAGUUUCCGGAAUGUAGUACCGACGAGGCACCGGAGCCGAGCCCGAGGCCGCGGCCGCGAAGACGCAGGCUCGCGUCGGAGGGUGGCGCCGUGAAGAAGGGGCCCAUCGGCGAGCCAACCUGCAACAGCUGCUGCGGACACUUCGGGCAAGCGUUCAACGAGAGCCAGUGGGCGAGCGUGGGUGCGAACCUGAGGAACAUCGCCGAUGACUUCCACGCGUCCCAGACCAAGGCCGCGGAGAUCGAGAAGUCAAGACUGCCAGCGUUGAGUCCCGGUUUCGCGAGCGCUCAGAACACCAACGGCUCCACGGACAGCCUACUCUCGUUGCUGAUCCCGGCGCCGCUACGCGAGACCCUGUGGACGACGGUGGCCCUGUACCUCGGAUGGAGGCUGGUCUCUCGUCUUCGAUAG